CUCGCGGGUUAGCAGCGGGCCGCUUGAGGUCAGAGGAGGCGGGCAGAGCAUCCAAGCCAAGCGCCUGCGCGUGCUGAAGGCACCCGGGAGCGGCGACCGAGCAAGCGGCCUGGGCAGCUCCAGCCGGUGACACCACUUGAACCACGCGCCACUACAGCCUGCCCGGCAUGGAGGGCGAAUGCCGGGUGCUCUCCAUCCAGAGCCAUGUCGUCCGCGGCUACGUGGGCAACAGGGCGGCCAUGUUCCCGCUGCAGGUUUUGGGGUUUGAGAUUGAUGCCGUGAACUCUGUGCAGUUUUCGAACCACACAGGCUAUGCCCAUUGGAAGGGCCAAGUGCUGAACUCCCAGGAGCUCCAUGAACUGUAUGAAGGCCUCAAGAUGAACAAUGUGAAUAAAUAUGACUACGUGCUCACUGGUUACACGAGGGACAUGUCCUUCCUGUCGAUGGUGGUGGACAUCGUGCGGGGACUAAAGCAGCAGAAUUCCCGGCUCGUGUACGUGUGUGAUCCUGUGAUGGGUGACAAGUGGAACGGCGAAGGCUCCAUGUAUGUCCCCAAGGACCUCCUUCCGGUGUACAGGGAGAAAGUGGUGCCUGUGGCAGACAUCAUCACGCCCAACCAGUUUGAGGCUGAGUUGUUGAGUGGCAGAAAAAUCCACAGCCAGGAAGAAGCACUUGAGGUGAUGGACAUGCUGCACUGCAUGGGUCCUGACACAGUGGUCAUCACCAGCUCUGACCUGCCCUCCCCAAAGGGCAGUGACUACCUGAUCGCGCUGGGCAGCCAGAGGAUGCGGAAGCCUGAUGGCUCCACGGUGACCCAGCGCAUCCGGAUGGAGAUGCGCAAGGUGGAUGCCGUCUUUGUGGGCACUGGGGACCUCUUCGCUGCCAUGCUUCUUGCGUGGACACACAAGCACCCGGACAAUCUCAAGGUGGCCUGUGAGAAAACUGUGUCUGCCAUGCAACACGUGCUGCAGAGGACCAUCCGGUGUGCAAAAGCCGAAGCAGGAGAGGGACAGAAGCCCAGCCCGGCUCAGCUGGAGCUGAGGAUGGUCCAGAGCAAAAAGGACAUCGAGGACCCAGAGAUCGUCGUGCAGGCCACGGUGCUGUGAGGGCCGUGCACACUCGCCCUGACGCACAGCGUGCUGAGGGUCUCCGUUCCCAUCCCUGUGAAAAGCUGUAACGUCUGCCUUAGAGCCAUGACUGAGACUUGACCUUUUGUUCCUCCCUGAGAUUCGGGUCUCAGCCAGUCUCAAUAGUGAAAAUGUGCCAUCGUGCUAUUUUUUUAAAAAAUGACAAAACCGUCGCAGAAAUAUGUGAUUCGGAAACAUGGCCCCUUCCCCAAAGGCUCUGGGCCUCUGACUUCCUGUUGUUGACUCAUAGCUCUGUGGAAGGUAGGUGGAGGAGGCGAGU